ACCAAGUGUCAUUGGUCCACGGACCAACUGUCUGUAUACCAUGGGCGAUGCCCACAUUACAAUACAAUUUAGCCAUUUUAGGUUCAUCUUUUGUGUGCCGUUCUGUUGUGUCUGUAUUUUUCCGCUAUAAUAUCCUUUGUUUCAUUAGUCUUUCCAAAUUUUCUUAAAAUCGAAAAUCUUGUCAAACAGCCAAAAUGGUCGUGAAAGAAAUUGUGAAUGAUUCCCAAUUUCGAGAUAUAUUGAACUUGAACGUCUCGAAGCUGGUCGUCGUGGACUUCUACGCUACUUGGUGCGGUCCGUGCAGACGUGUCGCGCCUAAGUACGAAAAACUGUCGAACAGGUUCAACCGUGCAGUGUUUCUCGAAGUGGACGUUGACAAGUGCCAAGACACAACCACCAGUGAAGGCGUGUCGGCCAUGCCGACUUUCAUACUGUACCGCAAUAAAUUACAAGUGGCAAAGAUCCGGGGUGCCGAUAUGAUAGCCGUCGAAUCGGAAAUCAUACAAUUGUACGAAACAUGUAAUGUUGAUGCCGUCGAAGACUGUGGAGUACCGUGCCAGAGGGAUCUUAGCUCGUUCAUUAUGAAAACUCAGUGCGAGGCCCUCAAUGAUUCAGAUGACCAUCCACUGCCGGGGCUUUUCGAGAAAAAUGGCUACAUUGAAUCGGACUGUGAUCAGCAACUCAUUUUGUCAUUGACUUUCAAACAGCCUGUCAAAGUGCAUUCCAUCAAAGUUAAAGCUCCUAAAAAUAAUGGACCAAAAUCAUUGAAGUUGUUUAUUAACCAGCCAAAUACCAUAGAUUUUGAUUCUGCAACACAUAAUUUAGCUGCACAAGAACUGGAUUUAAAACCUGAUGAAUUAGAUGGUAAAAUUGUCAACUUGAAAUAUGUAACAUUCCAGAACAUCUAUAAUCUACAGAUAUUUGUUGUAAACAAUCAAACUGAAGAGGAAGUUACAAGAAUUGAUAGCUUGGAUAUUAUUGGAACGCCUAUGUCUGCAACCAAUAUGGGUGAUUUCAAGCGUAUUUCUGGUAAAAAGGGAAGAGCUCAUUAAAAGUCCAUUGUUAAUUUUGUUCACAUUUAGUUCGUAUGGUUUUUUAAUAAAAUGUCGUUUGUAAAUUAUUUAUUUAAUUAAAAAACCAUAUGAACUAAAUUAAUAAUCUUAAUAAUAACUAAUUAUAUACUUGCCAUUUUUUUUAUUCUUAUAAAAUUAUACAUUUUUUAUGUUUAUUAUAAAACUUGUAUUUGUAAAAUAAAGCAAGUACCUAUUAAGUAAA